UCCUCACAGCUAUUCUCACAAGCCACAUUAUCUGAAUCCAUCGUUUAUCUUAAAACAUCAAAAGUACACACACCAUGGCUCCCGCGCGAACCAACCCUCCUCGCGGUGGUGUCGGUACCCGAGAAACACCAGCCACCAACACCGGCAGUGGCUCUGGUCUGGGCGAUUCUGGAUAUCCCAAAGGCAGCGGUCCUACUACCGGCCAAUUCACCACAUUGGCCAACCAAAAGGGCACUUCAAGAGAUAACGAUGAAUCCUUUUUUGAGGAACCUCCCAACCCCAGCGAGGACCGCAGCUUCAUGGCCCAUAAGCCCGGGCAUCCCGAGACGCUGCCGGGAUGGGACAAGCUGAAGGAUGUAAUCGGAUAUACCAGCUGAUUGGGCUUCAGAUGACGAGUUAUGCUAUCUGUAUUAUUAUGGUUACGAUUGUUAUGAAAUGGGAUUAAAAUAAUGUACAAUAACGACCUGUAUAUAUGAUGUCAAAGUUACGAUUGUAAUGAUACUUUCCUGC